CGAGAAGAACUCUGCCUCGCUCACUCGUCGUCCGGCGUGCGUCCAUAAUACACUUAACACAACCCUCAGGAGAUUUUAGAUCUACACACUCUCCUCAAUCUUCCUUUUUCAAAGUAACCCGUUUGUUUAAUAUAAAUAAUUAAAAAUGUCGAGUUUCGAUCCCGUCGCGUUCGCUAAGGACUUUAUCGCUGGUGGUUGUGCUGCCGCGAUCUCUAAAACCGCUGUAGCGCCAAUUGAGCGUGUCAAGUUGCUGCUCCAGGUCCAGCACAUCUCCAAGCAAAUUGCUGAGGACCAGCGUUACAAGGGUAUGGUCGAUUGUUUCGUCCGUAUCCCAAAAGAACAAGGUUUCCUCAGUUUCUGGAGAGGUAACUUCGCCAACGUCAUCCGUUACUUCCCAACCCAGGCUUUGAACUUUGCCUUCAAAGACAAGUACAAGCAAGUUUUCUUGGGUGGUGUUGACAAAAACACCCAGUUCAUGCGGUACUUUGCUGGUAACCUUGCAUCUGGUGGUGCUGCUGGAGCUACAUCACUUUGCUUCGUCUACCCACUUGACUUUGCCAGAACCCGAUUGGCUGCUGAUGUCGGUAAAGCUGGUGGUGAACGUGAGUUCAGUGGUCUUGGAAACUGUUUGAGCAAAAUCUUCAAAUCUGACGGUCUUACCGGAUUGUACCGUGGAUUUGGUGUAUCAGUCCAGGGUAUCAUUAUCUACCGUGCCUCAUACUUUGGUUUCUAUGAUACCGCUCGUGGUAUGUUGCCUGACCCCAAGAAAACUCCA